AUGAGCGGCUCUGUUACUGCAGGUGCAGGUCAGAAUUUCAUCGCUCCUCAUCCAUCCUCGCAGCUUGCCGCUUCGCCAAGCCCGGCCGCUCAUCACAUCGAUCAACUCGCCGCCGCCAACGCUGGCGCACCACGUGGACCCGUCAACGCGUGGGGCUGGCCUUCUGGUUUCAAUCAACCCUCCCCUGCCUCCAACGUACCUGGGUCCAGUCGGCCCUCGUCCUUCUCCGCCGCUCCGCUAGCUUCUCCUGCCCUUGCGUCGGCAACCAUGUUCACCCCGCAAACGCAGCAGCUCAAUCACCAGCUUCAGCAUCAGCCACACCAGCCGUCACAGCUGCAAAUCCACCAUCCGCAGCACCCUCAGCAUCCGCAACAGAUCCAUCUUCAGCAGCAGCAGCAGCAGCAGCAGCAUAACCAGCAGCACGUCCAACAGCCUCAACACCUGCAGCACCAUCUUGGCGGACAGCAACAGCAGCAGCAACAGCAGCAGCAGCAGCAGCAACAACAACAACAACACUCGCACUUGCAGCUUCAACAACAGCAACAACAGCAGCAACAGCAGCUACAGCAGCAGCAAGGCCAACAAAGCGUCCCGCAACCCAAUCAGGCCAAGGUUACUGUUUACCCUCCCCAGCCCUACGGCAACCCACCCGCUUUUACGGCUCUAAGCCACUCCUCCUCUCCCAACAGCACCGCCAAGCCAAACACGCCCAACAGCCACUCGGUAAUGAUGAGCAAGAAGCGCACUGCCAGCAAAAGUCCCGACUUUGAGAGCAAGGACAAGCGAUCGCGCCCCGAGGAUGGCGUCUCAGCUGACAACAAAGGCGCCGAAGCCAACCUCAGCCACUCGGCCUCCGCCUCGGAUGGUCGCGUAUGGGGAGAAGAAGCCACCAAGCUCGACGUCUACGUCUGGGACUACCUCAGCCGCAGAGGCUUCAACUCGGCGGCCAAAGCGCUCAUGAACGAGGCUGGUAUGACAGAACCACCAGAGGUACCACUUCGGACACCGCAGGGCUUGCUUUUCGAGUACUGGGCCAUCUUUUGGGACGUCUUUGCCGCGCGUUCUGGUCGCGGAGGAACUGAGGCUGCUGCCUACUACGAGUACCAAGAGUCACGCAACAUGCAACGCCUCGCCGAAGCCACGCGCAAGACCGAGGCUCUCGAAGCUCAGUAUCAACCACCUGAGAAUGGUUCGCGCUUCCCAAACAUUGUCGUUUCGGGACUCAACGCUGACCCGAAUUCUGCGGGCGGCGUGGCAGCAGCAGCAGCUGCUGUUGGUCCCAAUGGGCGCGCAGCGGCUCCGGGAGCAUGGAACCCGGCGGCGCUUCCACAAGCACAACAGCAGCAGUUGCUCAUCACAGCCGCUCAACGACAGAAUAUUCCGCUACACGAAAUCAAGAAUCUCACUCCGGCUUCGCGGAUGGCUUUGAUCAACUCGAUGAACCCAAACAACCCAGGCAAUGCCCAGGCCGUGCGGCCUGGAAUGAGCAACCAGCUCAUGGAACAGCAGCUCCAGGCCCGUCUGCAGCAGCAGCAGGCGCUUCACCGCAUGAUGCAACAGCAACGCCAGGGCAUCCCGGGCGCGGCGCCUAUGCCCAACGCAAUGCAGGUGCGACCGCCCAUGGGUCCUCAGCAAAUGCCGGGCGCGGGCGGGUCACCAGCUCCUCCCACACCGGGCGGCGGCAUGGACGGUCGACGCUCUGUCGGGCCAGGCGCCGAAGGGAAUCGACUCGAACACAUGCCUGGUCCACCGGGCGUCUUGGCCGCUGGCACUCCCCAAUCUCAACCGCAACAGCCGCCGACUCCCGGUGGAUCGCAGCCUCAACCCCAGCCGCAGCAGCAACAACAGCAGCCUGGAGGUCCACCACAACCAGGCCAAGGACCGCAGCAACAACAUCCACAGCUGAACCCGCAUCAGCAGCAGAUGGUGAUGAAUCAGUUCCAAAGCGUCCAGGCUGCCAUGCGCGAAGAAUGGAUGAAAGCACAGAACGCGCCCAACCAGACCACCGCCGCCGAGUUCUACGCCAACGUCCAAGCAUAUCAGGCCAAGGCGCAAGGGCUACAGAACCUUUUGCGCGCCCAGGCCAACUACCAGGGUGGCGCUGGAGCUGCAGCGCAGGGCAACGGAAUGCAGCCCGGCAUGCCCGGUCAACCAGGUCCUUCACCGCAAGUGAGGCCUCCUGCGAUGGGCGGUCCCGGUAUGCCAGGCCCUGCAGCAUCCGGCAGCCCUGCUAGUAUGACCAACAUGACGCCUCAACAACGAGCCGCGCAGAUCGCAAACGCACAAGCCGCCGCCGGCCGUAUCACCCCGCUCAUGGCAACGCAUGAUCCCGGUCUCAUGGCGAGCAUGAUGGGACCUGGAGGCAUGCCCAACGGCAAUGUGGCCCGGCCCAGUCCGCAGCAUGCCCAGGGCGGACCAGGUCAGCAGUCGCAGCAGCCGCAGCAGCAGCAGCAGCAGCAGCAGCAGCAGCAGCAGCAGCAGAUGCAACAGCCUGGUCAACAAGGUCCACCAGGUUCCUUCCAGCAGCCUCAGCAGCCUCAGCAACAGAUGCAAGGCCCCGCGCGGCCUCCUUCCGCGCAGGGUGGGGUGGAGGACCCCCACACGAGCCACUUUUCGUCGGUGCAGAUGGGCUCGUCGCCGGCCAACAUGCAGCGUCCUGGUAUGCAAAGGGUGGCUUCGCAACUUGGCAACAGCUCUGGAGGUAUGGGUCCACCAGGCUCUGCUUCGAUUUCGUCGUCGUCACCGCGCAUCGGUGCUACCAGCCUGCAACAGCAGCAGUCCGGCAACAACAAUGCCAACCACGUGCAAGGUCAAGCAGAGUCACCGGCUGCGUCCAAUGUACCCAAUACACCCAAGCUUGGCUCUGCAGAAAAGGGCAAGAAGGGCAACGCUCGUCAGCGAAAGAACUCGAAAGCGACCACUAAGACGCCCGUGCUUACUGCAGCCUCGGUGCCCGGCUCCGGCUCUGGUUCCGCCUCCUCCGCACCUGCGGGUAGCAACGGUGCUGCUGGGCCGACGACGCCUGCUGCAACCAACGAUGCUACGCCCGCGAGUGCGUCUGCUGCGACGCCUGGGCGAGACGCGCUGGCCAAGCCCGAUGGGGUCGCCGGAGGCGGUCCUGGCGCGCAGCCUACGUCUCAACCCAUCGAUGGAGCUAUGCCACCUCCCGCUGGUCCGCCUGCCAACUCGACCGAGUCGAAUAAUGCCUUUGAUCUCAACUCAGGCAGCAACAGCAGCGAGAACGGCGCCAAUGCCGGUACCAACCUCAACGGGGCUUCCAGCAUGGACAGCAGCAACAUGAACGGCGCUGCGGACGCAAAUAGCAGCGGCGGUGUCGGUGGCACGGGUGGGGCGGAAGAUUUCAGCAUGUUCGGAUUCGGCGGCUCGAUGAACGACAUCUUCGACUUUGAGCUCUCCACCGAUGGAGCGGGCGGAGGGGGUCUUGGAGGCGACGGAUGGGAUAGCAAUUUUGGCAGCCUGUUCGGAUCUGGGACAGGUGGUCAGGACGGAUCCUGA